UUUUUUUUUUAUCCACCACCAAAUUCACUGGUUAAAAUUGAUUCCAUUAAUCGUUUCAUGAUUGAAUUCGAUUGAUUGAUCAAGUUGAUUGAUUGAUAGGCUUGUUCUAAAUGUGAGAUGUUGCAAUGAAAAUCUCAUAGAAUUGUCGUGGCUAGUAGCACAGAACGGGUAUCGCUUACAAUUAGAUAUUUAGCUAUGAAAUCAUAUCGAAGUCUAAAAAUAAGGCAAGUAAUGAAUCAAAAUUUUUUUCAAAUUUUCAUGUCAGCGUGACGAUAACGCGAGCUGGUAAAAUCCGGUUCAUCUCGAAUAGAUUUUGAUAUCGGAGGUCAGAGGCUGUCGAUAAGCUGUUUACAGUUCGAAGAGUUCCGGUUAUAGCCGGUUCGCCAUUCCAAUGAAGCGGAAUUACUUGCCCCCUUGUGUUACUACCAUUGCAAACACUAAACAAGUAAAAUUGUGCAAUUAUUACGUCAUCUCUUCUCGCGCUUAACUAGACUGCAAACUUGUCAAAUUUAAUGAAUUUGUUCAGGAUUGUUGCUAGUAAUAACAUUGCUUCAAUUCUCUUUUCACGUCAUGGGCAAUCUUCAACAAUAUUUUCAGUUUCACCGCGGCCAUCGACGUGCCGAUAACGCCGUUCUUGAGAACCUGGUAUUGUUGAAUUUUUGUUCUUUCAAACCUCAUCAUUGACACCGAUUGACAAUGAAUCGCGUUUUCGGUUUGUUGAGAAAAACUCGUCUAACUGUUUUUACAGAAUUUUUACCAAUCACUCUAUUCGCUCGAGCUGUUGGUGUUUUUUCAUUGAAAUUGGAAACGUUUUCCAGCAAAGAGGUAUCCGUCUGUAACUAUGUUAACAUUGUCGUCAUCUAUUUUAGACCAGAUCAGUAAAAAGGAAUAAUUUCUUUCAUCGUUUUUCCUUUUAGUUGCAAUAUAGUCCCACACAUUUGAAACGCUUGUGUCGUUAGUCACGCUUACCGCGGACCAUGCGUUAUUGUAACGUAAUAUCGAUUUACAGCAAUAACGAUUACAUGAUAUUAGGUGUUUAUUUACAGGCAUUUGUAUCGUCGCGCGGUACGAUGAUCUACACGAUUGUUCUUCUGGGAUUGACUUUCGUUCAUUUGAUAUACAUACCUAAGAUGACGUUGGCUGUAGCCGACUUUGUUAGCGACAAUAAUAGCAGUGGUUUUUAUUCAAUGGAAAAACAAAAUCUGCUGAUGUCUCCGCCUCUGCUGGUUCGAUUAAUAAACUCAAUUGUCAUGACAUUAAUGGGGAUUGUGAGCAGAAUAAAUGCACUCGUGUACACAAGAAUCCAUUUGCCGAAGGCAUUCUCUGAGUUGAAUUCCAUCGAUGAGCUGCUGGGUGUGGAACUUAAACACCGUCGCAGCAAUAUUCGAGCCAUUUGGAUUCUGAUUGGAUCGAGCAUUCUUGUUGGAUUAAUCGGGCAGAUUUAUUCAGCUAUUUUUAUUCACGUAGCGGGUUCAUAUUUCAUCACUCUCCACAUUCUGAUGAAUAAUCUGAACAAUUUCACAUCCGUUUUAGCGGAAGCUCAAUUCAUAGCGAUCUGCUACCUAAUAAAAUCUAGAUUCGAAAUUGUGAAUUCUAGACUCUUGGACAUCGCCACCUUUUGCGACGUUCGAAAAUUAGAAUAUUUCUCAUCUCCCGAUCCAACGGAAUUGGGAAUUAUUUUCAGAAAAGCUGGGUCUCACUUGAAUUCGAAAUACGGACCCAUGCUGAGAAAAGAGUUUCUUCUGCAAGGAAAACAGAGACCCUUACUGCAUAUUUCGGAUAAAUCGAUUGCCCGUGGUAUUGAAAUUCUAAGAUUGGGGCAUCAACGUUUGUGCACCGUUGUGGACGAAGUAAACUACAUGUUUCAGCUACAGCUCCUAUUUUCAUUGAGUGGAUGUUUCCUCAACCAACUUUUCAACAUGUACUCAUUUUUCGCCGGGGGUUCCUGGGGCUGGCGGAAAAAUCAUGAUCUCAAUCAACCCCACGAUGAAGCGUUAGCAUUCCUCAGCCAUCCGUUAAACAAUUUAUCAUGGGCAAUAUAUUACGUGGCUAGAUUCGUCGCCGUGGUCGUUAUGGCGUCAAAAACUACGACGACAGGGAAAAAUGCAAUAAUUCAUAUACUGAAUAUUAGAAGAGGCAACAUGGAGUUCGCCACGAAAGAGGAGUUGGUCCUAUUUUACGACCAUGUCACGUCGAGGAAGGUUGAAUUCUCCGCAGCAGGAUUCUUCAAUUUGGAUAUCGCUUUGAUAUCUUCCGUGAGUGAAGCUAGAAUAUAUUAUACAUCAAAAUGCUUUCUGUCCAUUGCAUUUCAUAAAAUGAGUAACUCGGAUAUUCAAAGCCUGACUAGGAAUUAUUUCCGUCAAUUGUAGCUCCUCAUGAGUAGUUAUGUAAUAAUUAGCUUUCAA